AUGGUGCUCACGGUCAUUUGUCGAAUUCGCUGCUCGUUGCCACGUGCUCACACGCGAACCUUUUUUUGGUGGACCGGCAAUCAGCAGUUGGAGCCAGUAUCGGCGGCUCUUCGGAACGCCUACCAGCAACGACUCCUGCCGCUUGAAAAUUGUUACAACUUUCACGAGUUUCACAGCGCAGCACUCGGUAAAACCCAGAUAAACCCGGCCAUCCGCAUUGUGCAUAUCUUCAGAUGAAUCCGCGUUCGACGCGAAGCCGAUGGUCCUGCUGCUCGGACAGUAUUCGACCGGAAAAACCACGUUCAUCCGCCAUCUUCUCAACUCGGACUUCCCGGGAAUACGUAUUGGCCCGGAGCCCACGACAGAUCGAUUUAUUGCAAUUAUGCAUGAUAAUAAAGAGAAUGUCGUUCCUGGAAAUGCGCUCGUUUUCGACAAGAAGAUGCCGUUCCGUCCGCUUUCCAAAUUCGGAAACGCUUUCCUCAACCGCUUCCAACGCUCGACCCUCCCGAAUCAAGUUCUCGAGAGUCUGACGUUCAUUGACACGCCCGGAAUUCUUUCGGGAGAGAAACAGAGGUAAUUCAACUCCUAUUCUUCACGUUCACGAGCGUGUCUCAGAAUUGAUCGUGGAUACAAUUUUCCUGGAGUGCUGGAAUGGUUUGCCGAGCGGGUCGACCGUAUUAUUCUCCUUUUCGAUGCCAAUAAACUUGAUAUUUCGGACGAAUUCAAGAGAUGCAUCGAAGCUUUGGCCGGAAAUGAGGACAAGAUCCGGAUUGUGCUCAACAAGUCGGACAUGGUCGACCAUCAACAGCUGAUGCGCGUGUACGGAGCCCUCAUGUGGUCGCUGGGAAAAGUGUUCAAGACUCCGGAAGUGUCGCGUGUCUACCUCGGAUCCUUCUGGGAUCAUCCUCUUCACUACGACAUCAACCGCCGGCUCUUCCAAGAUGAGCAGCACGAUCUGUUCCAGGAUCUGCAGGCUCUGCCCCGAAAUGCGGCUCUCCGCAAGCUGAACGACCUGAUCAAGCGUGCUCGUCUCGCAAAGGUUCACGCUUACAUCAUUUCUGAGCUGCGACAGCAGAUGCCGUAUGUGUUCGGAAAAGAGGAAAAGAAGCGCAAACUGAUUGAAAAUCUUGACGUAAUUUUCGAACAACUUCAGCGGAGACACAAAAUCUCGCCUGGAGACUUUCCCGAUGUUAACAAAAUGCGCGAGAAGCUCUGGAAUCAGGACUUCAGCAGCUUCAACUCACUAAAACCGGGCCUGCUCGAAGAUGUAGAUAGAAUGUUGACUACAGAUAUUGCGCAAAUGAUGACUCGAAUUUCGACAGAUCAAACAUGUGCAAGCGCUGAAAGAGAAUCGACGAAUACCGAAGUGAAAGGAGGCGUCUUCAAGAAUGCCAGAGAAACGGAAACUCCAUUCGGAUACGGACGCGUGAGUGUGUUGUUACUCGAAAAUACGGUAUCCUUGAUUAUCACAGAGCGAAGGAUUUGACAAGGGUGCCGACGAGACCGAAUGGAUCGUGAACCGCGAGCGCACGUCCGCCGACUCGACCUUCGAGAGCCUGGGACCAGUCAACGGAUACUUGAGUGGACGGGCGGCCAAGGAGCACAUGGUGAAGAGCAAACUACCAAACUCGGUGCUCGGAAAGGUGUGGAAGUUGGCCGAUAUUGACAGGGACGGACAGCUCGAUGCCGACGAGUUUGCCCUCGCCAACUACCUGAUCAACUUGAAUCUGGAAGGUGGUGUCCAUUCAAUUAAGAGAAACAAAAUGUUUUUUUUCAGGCCACGAACUUCCGGAAACGCUGCCAGAGCACCUAAUUCCUCCUUCGAAACGUGUUACCGAUUUGUGA